AUGGGAAAGAGACGGGGGAAAAGGGGAGUUGAUGUGAGAAUGCUUUAUCACAAAUGCAUGUACAGGAACCACAAGUGUAUGUACAGGUUCCCCCACCCUACCCCACCCAACCCCUUGCGCACAUACCCUGCUCUUGGAGCGGUCUGCGUUGUAUCUGGAGCGACGGGAGCCCUUGAGAUCGUAGAGCUUGUAAUAAUAAUAAUAACAAUAACAAUAACAAUAAUAAUAAUAAUAACAAUAAUAACAAUAAUAACAACAAUAAUAAUAAUAACAAUAGUAAUAUUAAUAGUAACAAUAAUAAUAAUAAACAAAAACGAGGGCGGAGAAGAGCGGCACAGCGACCGCACAAACUCCACAUCGCCACUCCCGUCCACCACCCCUUCCCCUGCCGCCCCUGCCCCUGCCGCCCCCGCUGCCCCUGCCGACCCUGCUGCCCCUUCUCCUGUGUCAGCUACAGCCUUCUGCUGGCCGGAUGAGGCAGUGGCGGUGGCUGGGGGGAAGGGAGAGCAGCACUUGCGGCGGAGCGCGUCAAACUGUUUGGCGAAGUAG